GGGCGUCCGAAGCCCUGUUCCGAUUCAAUUUCUCCGCUCAAUCGUUGACAUUUUCAUUUCCUAUCUCUGUAAAUUCCUCAUCUUAACUCUUUCCGCGCUUCAAUUUCGUUGAUUAAUUCUCUAUUUUCUCUAUCUCACUUCUUUUUCUGUAGAUUUAUACACCCAGUCGGAGUAAUUCGCGUCUUACUGCUCCAGAGACUGAUAGAGAAAUAGCUAAGAAGCCUCUGACUUUAAUGAAGUGGAACUCUUAGGAUGGACAACAAUGUGCAGGAAGGGGUCAUGGGAGUUAGUUCAGUUGACCGUGAACCCAGGAAAAGGGAUAUGGUUUCAACAUCAAAUCCAGACCAGGAUAAUCAGGAACGAGAAGAGAAGAGAUUUAGAAGAUCUGAUUACAAUGAAAACCCAUCAGUAAAUUAUUUAAGAGAGACAAGUUCAGCUACGAGACCCUCUAGUCAGUUCCUUAACAAUGGACAGUAUAAUGGAAGGCCAAUGAUGCCCAAUUAUAAUGAUAUUCCACAUGAAAGGUGGUCAAAAUACAGCGGUCGUGGAAACUCCAAUUCGCAGCCAGGAACUUUGUACAGAGAUGGCUAUGUGUCAAACACUGGCUGGUCAAAUGAACACUCUAGGCCUUUUGAUUCUAGCCGACAUGAUAGAUUUAACAGUCAAGGAACACAUGGAAAUUAUAGAGGAGAAAAUGCAACUUGGCCAAAUGAACACAAUAGACAUGGAAGAUAUGGGAGUAAUGCUAAUUGGUCAGAUGAUUGGCAUAAUAGACAGCAAACAUAUGGAACUCACAGACCUGAAGAUCCGAACAGGCAUGAAAGAUAUGGGAAUCAUAGAGCCGAAGAUAUGAGCUGGCGGGAUGAAAGAAAUCAGCAAGGAAUUAGAUAUGGAAGCUAUAGAGUUGAAGAUACUAACCGGUCAGAUGGACACCACAGGCCGGGGUUGAACUAUGAAAAUUACAGACAAGGAAGAAAUUUUAGUGAUAGAUAUGAAAGUUUUAGAGGUAGAAGUGGUGGACAUUGGAACCCUCAAUAUUCAACUAGAGGAAGAGCCCCAAGUUAUCCGACUAGAGGAAGAUCCCCAAGUUAUCCGACUAGAGGAAGAUCCCCAAGUUAUCCGACUAGAGGAAGAGCCCCAAGUUAUCCAACUAGAGGAAGAGCCCCGAGUUAUUCGUCCAGAGGAAGAGCCCCAAGUUAUUCGUCCAGAGGAAUAGCACCAAGUUACCAUGAAAGAUGUAUGGCAAUGCCUUCCUUGAAAAAUGCUGAAAAUGUGGAGUCGGACGUAGCUGUUGAUUUUCAUGACCAUAAAAUUCUUGACUCGUUACCUGCUGGUGAAUCUGAACUUUCUUGUAGACAGCCCAUUUGUAGUGAAAGUGUUCAAUCUGAUUUGAAUAAAAUUGAUGACGCUUCCAGCAAACAGAAUGAGGAUAAGAGUGAAGUAAAGUCUGAUGAAAGGUCUUAUGAACUGGGAAGCAGUGAUUGUAAGACAGAAUUUGUUAAGGAUGAUGAAUGUUUAGAGAUUGAACAGGGACAGGCACUGGAAAAUUGUUUCUCACAAAGUGAAACAGUUAAUAACAUGCCUUCUUCAGUUCAAAUCUUGAGCAAACCUUUGGAUGGUUUGCCUCCUUUUCCAGAAAGACCACUAGCCACUAAUUCAAGGAAAAAGCUGCUGAUCCUAGACAUAAAUGGGUUGUUGGCUGACAUAAUUUUUCCUGCACCAAAGGAUCGUAAGCAUGAUGCUUACUUCUUUGGACGGGCAAUUUUCAAGAGACCGUUCUGUUACAAUUUUCUGGAGUUCUGCUUUGAGCGAUUUCAUGUGGGCAUUUGGUCUUCAAGAACCAAGAGAAUCAUAGAUGGAGUGGUUGACUAUUUGUUGGGAAAUCGGAGAAGCAAACUCGUACUUUGUUGGGAUAUAUCUCAAUGCACUAUAACAAAUUUCAAGACAAUUGAAAACACGCAAAAGGGGUUGGUUUUUAAGGAACUGAAGAAAAUAUGGGAGAAUGAUGACCCUCGCCUACCCUGGAAGAAGGGAGAGUACAAUGCUACAAACACUUUAUUGUUGGAUGAUACUCCCUACAAGUCUUUGCUUAAUCCUCUGCAUUCUGCGGUUUUCCCCAAAUCAUACAAGUUCAGCGAUACUGAUGAUAAUUCGCUAGGUCCUAAAGGUGAUCUUCGAGUUUAUUUGGAAAAUGUCGCAGAAGCUGAAGAUGUUCAGAAAUAUAUUGAGCAAAACCCAUUUGGUCAAAAGGCCAUUGACGAGACAGAUUCAAAUUGGUCUUUCUAUUCUGAGGUUGUCUCAAGCUGUUCUACUAUUGUUGCGUGUGAAUCCUCUUGCAUGCCUUCUGCAACAAAUGAAUCUAAUAUUAUCACCACCAGUUCUGGGCCUGAAACAGAGAAAGAAGGCUAAAUUUAUGAUAUAACAACCUUUUGGGAAAUAUCGUUUACUUUGAAGCUUACUCAUCAAGUGGAGCCAUUUUUGACUCUUGAUAGGAAUCAAAGGCACAUCUCAUCUUCUACAUUUACUCAUAUAACCAAGAAGUUGUCUUUUUAUUAUCUUGUUCUUUUAUUUUUGGUGCAAGCUGACAUAAUUUGAUGUAGUGUUGUGUCCUGGAAUCAUAUUUUGUUAUAAAUCAUAGAUAUGUGCAACUGCUUCGCCUAUGGUUUUUUUACUCAUGAAUUUUGAUUUACAUUAAGAUACUAAUUUGUUUUUAUGGGUUUAAUAGAGAUCUAUUAUCCCAUUGUGGUAAGAUUGAUUUUGUUGGA